UAUUUUUUUAUUUACCGUGAUCUGUGGAUAAUUUGCGCAAAAAAUUCCUAGCCGAAUUCGAAAUAGUUUUUGGGUGUUUCAGUUUUAUUUUAUUCUGCUGAUUGAAGUUGAUAAUAAAUGUACGCAGUGCAUGAUUCCACCUAUUUUAGCUAUGAAAAUUCAUAAUCAUGGAUUUCUCAAUGGUGUGUCGAACCUGUCUUAGUGCGAAGAAUCUUCAUCCAAUAUUUAUAAACACUGGAAAUUACAGAAACUAUUCAGACGAUAUUUAUGUAGCUACUGGCGUGAAGGUCAACGACAAUGAUGGUCUGCCACAAAAUAUGUGCACAGAUUGCGUCUCAUUUGUGAACACUUCCAUGAUAUUCAGAAAGCAAUGUAACCACAUCCAAAUACGUCUGAUAAACUUGAAAAACUCGAAUUGUGAAAACGCUUCAGAGAAAAUAGACAGUUGUGAAACUAAUAAUGUUGAUACGUAUCUAGACAUAAAUAAGGUUAAGACUGAACUUAAUAUCGAUGUGUAUAGCAAACCUCUAAAUGAAGAAUCUGUAUGUUUUGAUAAAGUUAAUAGUGCACUAGACAGUGAUAAAGAAACGUCUCUCAAAACACUCGAUUGUUCGUUAAAAGAAGCAGAAACGACCAAAAUAAAAGUAAGAAAGAGGGCUAGAAGCCAAACUGUUGGUAGCAAACUACAUUGUUCUGAUGAAGAAGUAGAAAACACUCAAGAUGAUAAACUCGUCAAAGUAUUCGAUCCUCUAGUUGUAACUCAGAAUGUGGCACCAGUAGAAAAGUUAAAAAUUACCAAAGCAAAAGUUAGAAAGAAAGAUGAAUAUAAAAUUCUUGCUAACAACGAUGCAGAGUUACCGUAUUAUGAAGUCUUCGAUGCCAAUGCUAUACGGCAGAGGGUCUCAUGCAAGUUGUGUCAGAAAAACUUGUCGAUUAGAAGCAUCGACGCACACAUGUCACGGAGCCACCCUGGUGCAGAUGUGAGGAAAGUGAAAUGCGAAUUGUGCAAUAACUUUGUUUUGAAAGAGAAACUGAAUCGACAUAAAGCUAUGAUGCACGGAUCCGAGUGUUUUAGAUGUGGUUAUUGCAAGCUGGACUUUAACAGCAAGGAAGUGUUAAUCGAACAUGUCACAGUUUGUACUAUGAAGAAGAAAAGGCGGAGAACCGGAGGGGAAUCGGCGCGAGUGUUGGUCGAAUGCGAUGUUUGCAACAAGCAGAUGCAAAAAGCCAGCCUCAGGAUGCACAAGCUUAUCAAACACGCAGGACUGGGGCCCGUCUGCGAGCACUGUGGAAAACGAAUGGGGAAUAAGUAUCGUCUGAAUGAACAUUACCGCGCCAAGCACGGCUACGAGAAGUUCAACUGUACGUACUGUGCUUUCCAGAGCGCGUCCGCGAUGGCCAUAAGAUGCGACCAAUGCCCCGCCAUGUUCAAAGCCAACAACAGUCUCCAUAUGCACAAGUAUACUUGUCACUCCAGCGCCAUAUAUAGGUGCGGGGUUUGUUCGCGCGCGUACAGCUGUCGGCAGUACGUGGUGAAGCAUCUACGCCGCGUGCACAGGAACCACGACCCGCGCCCAAACGUGCUGUGCGAGCCCAGCGACAUCUAGCGGCCAGUAGCCGAAGCUUAACACCUGCGCCCACUACACAAGAACUGUGAGCUGCGUGAACCCAGCGACAUCUAGCGGCCAGUAGCCGAAGCUUAACACCUGCGCCCACUACACAAGAACUGUGAGCUGCGUGAACCCAGCGACAUCUAGCGGCCAGUAGCCGAAGCUUAACACCUGCGCCCAGUACACAAGAACUGUGAGCUGCGUGAACCCAGCGACAUCUAGCGGCCAGUAGCCGAAGCUUAACACCUGCGCCCACUACACAAGAACUGUGAGCUGCGUGAACCCAGCGACAUCUAGCGGCCAGUAGCCGAAACUUAAUUAUGUACCUCUGCUGCCGUUGAUGGAAAUAAUUUAUAACAAAAUAAAUGCUAGCCUAACGACAUCUAGCGGCCCGUAGCUGAAGCUUAACACGCCGCGCCCGCCCGUGCUGCGUGAACCCAGCGACAUCUAGCGGACAGUAGCCGAAAUUUAAUUAUGUACUAUCGCGGAAUUUUGCGCUCUGUCACUUGGCGAACAAAAUGCUUUGAACGGUUUUCUACAGUAGUUUUUACUACGCCCCGCCUUCGCGUCGGACGCGCCAAUCCGGGCCGCCGCACAAAAGUAAGACAGAGAGCAUUUCAUUGAUUGAAUAAUGAAUUGAAUUGCAUUUGUUUUAGUUGCAAUUUGUCAUCCGCAUCGUGAUCGCGACAACGCUAUACGAAAAAGUAAGACAGCGAUAAUUGCAUGUCUAUGAAUGAAUUUUUACUACGCCGCUACCGCCAGCGAUUAUGGCAUUAUGGGUGACAGAGCGGGUCUUUCCGCGAGUGUACCUUCAGCCGUUGAUGAAAUUAAUUUAUAAUAAUAUAAUAAAUGCGAGCCUAACGACAUCUAGCGGCGAGUAGCCGAAGCUCGAUUAUGAACCUGCAGUCAUUGAUG